AGUCAACCGACCGCCGGCAGAUCAUUCUCAGUUACAAAUUCUCCAGAUAUUCACGAUCUCUCUCUCUCUCUCACCAAGAAGCGAUGCAAUCAUUCGAUUCAAUAGCCGAAACUUUUGACGUGAUCCCCGUACGAUCUCGACCCGUUCUCGCCCCUCGAGUGCCGGUCGUCACAGCGCUCGCUGCGGCGAGACGAGCCCCUAAUCGUCGUAAGAAGCUCAAGUGGCGGACGCGGGACUGCCAGGCCUCACAGCUUUACAAUUUGGAGCUGGACAUCAUGGACCUUCGACAGGAGAUCCAACGUCUGACCGAGUACCGCCAAAUACUCAAUGCGCGCACUUUCAACCACCGUGAUGCCUUGGAUGGCUACUAUGUCAAGGCGGUGCGCGAAUACUACCGCGUGUUUGAGAACGGCUACCACCCCGGCGCCCAACUUGACCCUAUUCAAUACGUCAUGCAAGUCAUGGACGAGAACCUGAUUAUGGGUCGAUUCGUCGGUCGUGGAGUGAUGUUGCAUCAGUGGGAACAGUACACGAAGGCUCUUUCCGGACUUGAGUUUCACUUCUUGCAAUCUCAAGUUGUUUCGGCGGAGGGACGGACGAUCGUGACAUCCUCCGCCUCCUACAAACACGUCGUGACCCGAGACACUUUAGAGGUCAUGUUCCCUGAUGCACUGCGUCUAUACCCACACAUCACAGCCAGAAUGCUAGGGCGUGUGUUCAAAGGCGUAGGCAAGUUCGACUUCACCUUCGAUACGCAGACACACAGCGUCAUCUCGUUCGACUUCCACUUAGACUUUCUCGAAGAAUUCUCGCGCUUACUUCGGGACCCGCGCGAUCUGUGCGCUAUUUUCGAAGGAGCAAGGAUCUCCGAGGAUUGUAUGAUUGGCGACGUGGCCAGUUACGCGGAGUGGGCAUCGCAACAAGACAGUGAAGACGUUAGCACUGUUGCUGCCGCUAAUCCGGAGGCCAUACCGGAGCCCACAUUUGAACAAGUUUCUGAAGAAAAAGUGCCGAGUGGCUGCGAGAAUGAAGAGCAUCGACAGCCUUCGUUGACUAGGACGCCCAGACCCAAGUAUAUUUGGGAGUAAGAGAACCGAGGAGAGUACGAAAGGUAGUAGUUAGGAAAGUCUUGAAUCUUGUACCCGAAUUCCAGUUGUAUCUCGUCCAGAUCAAAAUGCCUACUUCAUGACAAUAGUGUAUUGCUGGGGUCCAGGCUGGACCAUAACAGCACAUAGUGAUACACGGAACAGGAUUCCCUGUUCCAGCAAGGUCAAAGGAGUAAUUGAAUUACGUAAGUAAACUACUAGUAUGAGUCAGGC